UCUGGCCUCCCGCGCGUUCGGAGCAGGUGGAUUCCGUUUUGUAUUGCGCCGCUUUUUGUUUGCAGCCCCCCUCCUCCUCGCCUCCGCCUUUCUUCGGCCUCCCGAGCCGGCAGGAUGUUCGAGGCCCGGCUGAUCCAGGGCUCGCUGCUGAAGAAAGUGGUGGACGCCCUCAAGGACUUCAUCACCGAGGCCUGCUGGGAACUGGGCUCGGGGGGCAUCAGCCUGCAGAGCAUGGACUCCUCGCACGUCUCGCUGGUGCAGCUCACGAUGCGCUCCGAGGGCUUCGACACCUACCGCUGCGACCGCAACAUCGCCAUGGGGGUCAACAUCGUGAGUCUGUCCAAAGUACUUAAGUGUGCGAGUAACGAAGACAUAAUUACUCUGAGAGCAGAAGACAAUGCAGAUACUCUGGUUCUAGUGUUUGAGACACCAAAUCAGGAGAAAGUCUCUGAUUAUGAAAUGAAGUUAAUGGAUUUGGAUGUAGAACAACUUGGAAUUCCAGAACAGGAGUACAGCUGUGUUGUGAAAAUGCCUUCUGGGGAGUUUGCGCGCAUCUGCCGAGACCUUAGCCAUAUCGGAGAUGCUGUUGUAAUCUCCUGCACAAAAGAUGGUGUUAAGUUUUCUGCUACUGGGGAGCUUGGAAAUGGAAACAUCAAACUGUCACAAACCAGUGAUGUGGACAAAGAGGAAGAAGCUGUAAUAAUAGAGAUGAAUGAGCCAGUCCAGCUGACUUUUGCCUUGAGAUACCUGAACUUCUUUAUCAAAGCUACACCUCUGUCUCCUACGGUGACGCUCAGUAUGUCUGCAGACAUUCCACUUGUUGUGGAAUACAAGAUUGCAGACAUGGGACACUUGAAAUAUUAUUUGGCUCCAAAGAUUGAAGAUCAAGAAGAAUCUUAAAAGAUUUUGAGCCUGGGAAAUGAUGAUUUUGUGAAAGAUGAAAGUCAGCUUCUGUUCCAGUUUUCAGUCUUUGGUGCAUGGAACUAGCACUUCUGCACUUAGGACCAUUUGUAGAUAUUUUUCUGUAAAUAACUUUUCCAUUUAUUAUACAAACGUCUUUUCUGAAAUAGUUUUUCUUCCUUACUACUUCCUGUAGCUUUUAAAUUGUGUUUUUAUGGCUCUUUGCUUCAUUUAGCAGGCACUGGAGUGCAGUAUUUAAAAAGAAGUACGGUCUCUAUAACAUUGCUUUACACUGAGGUUGUUGGGACCUAAAAACAAAUUAUGUUUAGACCAAUCUGCUUUUAUUGUUUUGAAGUGGAUGCCUGCAGAAGGCAAAAGACUUGUCAAUAAAGAAUAUUCAUUUUCGUA